AUGAAUAAGUCAUGGAUUACUAAGCCACAAUCAUCGAUUGCGUAUCAACAAGGGAUAAAAGAAUUUAUUGACUUUGCAUUUAAAGGUGCAAAAGAAAACGACGUAGUAAUAUGCCCUUGUAAACGUUGUGGUUUCAGAAAAUCAAAGAGUAGGAGUGACAUGUUCGACCACUUAAUGUGGUCACCAUUUCCGCAAGGAUACACCAUUUGGAUUCAUCAUGGAGAGUCCCCUGUACUACAUAGUACUAUCUUCCAUAGUACUACUCCAAAUAUGGUUGAGGAUAAUAUCAUUAUCGAAGAUUCUAUUCAGAACAUGAUCAAUGAUGCAUUUGGAGUUGAUAGGAAUCAUGCUAAUGAAAUACCAUCUGCAUCAAAUUUUGAGAUUUACCAAGAAGAUUAUGUGAUGCCAAGUUUAACUCAGGAAAGAAAUGAGGCCAAGGAAUACUAUGAAUUGGCUAGAGAAGGAGAACAACCUUUAUAUGAAGGGUGUAGACAAUAUUCAAGAUUAUCUUUUUUGAUAAAGUUGUACCAUAUAAAGUGUUUAUGUGGAUUGAGUGAGAAGGCAAUGACAAUGAUUUUAGAGUUAAUAAAAGAUGCAUUUGAAUAUGCAAACAUUCCAAGUUCGUUCUAUGAAGCCAAGAAAUCAAUCACAAAAUUGGGUUUGAAUUAUGUAAAGAUACCUGCAUGUCCAAACGGUUGUAUGCUUUAUUGGGGAGAAGAUGAAGAGAGAGAGAGACUUGCAAAACUUGUAACACUUCGAAAUGGAAAUCAAAUGAAGAGGGCCAUGUUAACAAGAAAAAGAAGAAAAUUCCAGCCAAGGCAUCCUAGAGAUUCAGAAGCUUGGAAGAAAUUUGACUUGACACAUACUUGGUUUGCAUCAGAUCCACGAAAUGUGUGUCUUGCAUUGGCUAGUGAUGGUUUUAAUCCAUUUGGUGUGAUGAGUACAAAUAGUAGUAUUUGGCCAGUUGUUCUCAUUCCAUAUAACACUCCUCCAUGGGUUUGCAUGAAGCAGACAUCGUUUAUAAUGUCAAUGAUAAUUCCUGGUAAAGAAGCACCAGGAAAUAAUAUUGAUGUAUAUUUACAACCCUUAGUCAAAGAGUUGAAGGAGUUAUGGACAAAUGGUGUGGAUACAUAUGAUUCUUUCAAGAAAGAGAUGUUCACGUUACAUGCAAAUUUGAUGUGGACGAUUAGUGACUUUCCAGGUUUGGGUGCACUUUCUGGAUGGAACACAUACACAGGACUUGCUUGCCCAUCGUGUAACUUUGGAACUACUUCUCUUCGUCUUAAAGCUAGUCUUAAAUGGUGUUUUAUGGGUCAUCGUCGUUUCCUUAAUCAGAGACACAUGUUUAGAUUGAAUAUGAUCCACUUUAAUGGUGAACAAGAAAUACGGAGUCCACCGAGAACAUUAUCUGGACAUCAAAUUUUUGAACAGGUUAAAGAGGUUAAAGUUGUCUUUGGUAAAAAUCCAGUGAAAGAAAAAUCGGUAAAAAGAAAACGUGAGGGACAACCUUUAGAAGGUGAUAGUACACAAUGUGAUCCUACACAAGGUCAUCCUCAACAAUGGAAAAAGAAAAGCAUAUUAUUUGAACUUCCGUAUUGGAAGGAUAAUCUUUUGCGCCAUAAUCUUGAUCUGAUGCAUAUUGAGAAAAAUGUAUGCGAUAAUGUCAUAUUUACUUUACUAAAUGAUAGGCAAAAGAGUAAAGACCAUUUUAAAGCUCGAGAAGAUCUUCAAAAUAUGGGCAUAAGACCUAAUCUUUGGCCUGAUGAAAAUGGUAGAAUUUCUCCUGCGGCCUUUAGUCUAACGGGUAAAGAUAAAAGGAAUUUUUUAACAAUUUUAAAGAAUAUUAGGGUGUCUGAUGGUUAUUCAAGCAACAUAUCUAGAUGCAUUGACUUGGUAAAUCUCAAGGUGAAUGGAAUGAUGAAGAGUCAUGAUUGUCAUAUAUUAAUGGAACAACUUCUACCAUUAGCCAUUGGCACAACAUUACCUCAUGAGAUUUCAGCAGUAUUGAUUGAGUUGUGCUCAUUCUUUAGACAACUAUGUGGUAAGGCAUUGAAAAUUGAAGACUUGGAAAAAAUGCAAAACCAAAUUGUCCUCACUUUAUGCCACAUGGAAAUGUUAUUUCCUCCCUCGUUCUUCACUGUUAUGGUUCACUUGGUUGUUCACCUUGUUGAAGAGGUUAAGCUUAGAGGUCCUGUUCAUUAUCGGUGGAUGUAUCCUGUUGAAAGGUACUUGGGAAAACUUAAAUCGCAUGUGCGUAAUAAGGCAAAACCAGAAGGGUCUAUUGCAGAAGGAUACCGUUUUGAAGAGAUUCUUACAUUUUGUUCAAGAUAUAUAGAAAACAUUGAGACUAGAUGGAAUCAACCUGGACGUGUAGAUGAUGAACCUAUUGGUGAUAUCCAAACAGGUUCACGUGUAACAGAAUUAUUUCCUAGAGUCGGAAAACCUGUGGGUGGAUCUUCAUAUUACACCCUAACACCAAUUGAAAAGUUGCAGGCUCAUAGACACGUUUUAACGAAUUUUCCAAUAGUUGAUGGCUAUCUAAAGCAGUUCCGAAGUAUUACUCAGAACCAAAUGAGACGCGGUCAAAGAAGUGCUUCUGAGAUAGGCAAGAAGGUUCAUAGAGAGUUUGCUCAUUGGUUCUGCAAUCGUAUUUGCAACAAUCUUGACAACAUUGAUGGAUCAGAUAAAGAUGUCCUCAUUAGUCUUGCUCAUGGCCCUUAUGAUAAAGUUAAAAGGUUUACCGCAUUCAAUGUCAAUGGGUUCAAGUUUCGAACGUUGGAACGAGACAAUCUUUUAAAAACUCAAAAUAGUGGAGUUUUUGGCAUGUUUGGGACACGAAGUUAUUCAAGCAAUAAUGAUACCCAAAUGAGAUUUGGAGGGGUGCCUUAUUAUGGAAGAUUGAUAGACAUUAUUGUGCUUUCCUAUGAUGGCUUCAUAGUUCCCAUGUUUAAAUGUGAAUGGGCUAAUACCAUAAAUCCAAGAGGCAUUAAGAUAGAUAAGUUGGGUUUUACCUCUAUAAACUUGGCAAGACUACUCCAUACUGAGGAACAUGAAGAUAAUGAGCCAUACAUUCAAGCGUCAGAAGCUCAGAUGGUUUUUUAUGUGGAUGAUGAGAAUGAACAAGGAUGGAGCAUACCUGUUCAUUUGAAGCCAAGAGAGUUGUAUGACAUGGGUGGAAAUGAUGAAAUUAUGACACCCAUUGAGCCAUACCCAUCACAAAAUUUGGAACAAAUUUUUUCUAAUGAUGAUCCUGGAACUUCAGUGGCGAAUGAUAACAAUAAUUAA